UUUUUCAAAGAGAAGAUUAAGUGCUUGCAGGGUCAUUCUCUAAUGAAGUUACUCUGUCAAGUUUUUGCAGUUGGCAAAGCAAGUUUUCCCUUCUCAUAAGCAAGCUAUGGUCCCAUUAAAAAAUAUCCUUUUAUGCAACUUUCAACUUUCUAACACAAAAAUUUCAAGCCAAGGGUUGGGUAGGGUAGGUGGACCGUGGACAACAAUUUUAACCUGUUUCUGGUGAAUAAACAGCGAAAUUACGGUGGAAAAGCACUUGCAUUGAAGAGGUUUGAAUUUAAAUCUGGCUUCAUUGGUUGGAACUGGCGGAAAAGAAACUGAUAAAAGUAUGAGGAAACAAAGAAAAAGAAGACUAAAUAUUUAAAGUACAAGCACAGCAAAGUCAACAGGAAAGAAGAAUGAGAGUCUACUAUUGUGGCAGCGGUUUUGCUUUAGUAUAAAAUUUUUCUUACUGCGAAGACUCUGAGAACGGUUAUACAAAUCAUCAUAGCAACUCAAAAUCUCUCUUUUCCUUCUCUCUCAACAAUACACAAUCGUUUUCUCUUUAUAAAUAGAUAAAUAAAUAUAUUUUCUCUCCUCUAGAAAUUCUCCUCCUCUAUCCUUUCCUUUCUUCUAUCUUUAUCAUCAUUUCUUUAUUCAAUUGCUUGCACAAACUAAUCAACACAAUAAAUAGAAGAACAAGCGCCAAGCCCCAUCGAACAACCGGUAGAAGAAGAAUAAGCUAAAAUUAAUUUUAACUUUCUAUUUGAUCAACAAGAGAUUGUAAAUUUUGGGAGUUGGGUUUGGAUAUUGAAAUUAUAGUUGAACAAAGUUGGACUGCUGUAAAUUUUUAUUUUAUGGAUAGAUUAUGCUGUUUUUAUUCUUCCUACUCCAAGCUUGUGAGAGGACGCUCAUCGUCUACAGGUAAGGGAAGAAGCCAUGAGGGUUUAAUCAAGUUUGGUUUCAGCUUAAUAAAAGGAAAAGCUAAUCAUCCAAUGGAGGAUUAUCAUGUUGCGAAGUUCAUUCAGAGUCAAGGACAUGAAAUAGGGCUGUUUGCAAUUUAUGAUGGCCAUUUGGGUGAAAGUGUGCCUGCCUAUCUACAGAAGCAUCUGUUUUCCAAUAUCCUAAAGGAGGAUGAGUUUUGGGCUGACCCCCGUAGAUCUAUCUUUAAAGCCUAUGAGAAAACAGACCAAGCAAUUCUAUCACACAGUUCUGAAUUGGGGCGAGGUGGCUCCACUGCUGUAACUGCAAUUUUGAUAAAUGGUCAAAGGUUAUGGGUAGCCAACGUUGGAGAUUCUCGAGCUGUUCUAUCAGAUGGAGGCCAGGCAGUACAGAUGACUACAGACCAUGAGCCCAACACUGAACGAGGCAGCAUUGAAAAUAGUGGUGGCUUUGUCUCAAACAUGCCAGGAGACGUCCCUAGAGUUAAUGGGCAGCUGGCAGUUUCUCGUGCCUUUGGGGACAAGAGCCUCAAAUCACAUUUGCGAUCGGAUCCUGACAUACAAGACAUCACUUUAGAUGUCCGAACUGACAUUCUAAUCCUUGCAAGCGAUGGGCUUUGGAAGGUGAUGAGUAAUCAAGAGGCUGUUGAUAUUGCAAGAAAGAUCAGAGAUCCCCAGAAGGCAGCCAAACAAUUAACAGCUGAAGCAUUGAAAAGAGACAGUAAAGAUGACAUAUCUUGCAUCGUCAUUAGAUUUAGGGGAUAAAAUAUUUGAAAUCAUAUUCCUGCCAGAUGCACUAUAUACCUGAAAUAAGAAUUUCCUGACAGAGGAUGCCAGUUUGUGAGUAGACCAAGCAGGAAAAAAAAAUCACCCAUAACCAAUUGGGGUAAUCCUUAUUUAUCUACAACGGUUGGGAUUUGCCAGAGGAAUGACAAAAAAACAAAACAAGGCAAAGGGUUCACCUCUGUAAAUUCAUUCUAUUGAUCAGAUUCUGGUGUUUGAUAUUGUUUGAUUUCUUUGUGAAAGUGAAUUAGGAAUCUCAUGUGUAUUAUCUUUCAAUCUGCAAAAAUGACACCAUGGGAAUGUGGUUUUGAUUGUAAUUGGAGCAACUUUUGAUGGUGUAGUUCAUUAUAUUUAGACCCCAGUAAGGGAUGGUGUUGAUCA